AUGUCCAAAAAAAUAGUAAGAGAAAGAAUAAAGAAUAGCAAAAAGAUAGCAGAGGAAGCGCAUAGGGAUGUGACGAAUUAUGGGAUCUUGAGGACAGAGACUUGCGGAUAUAUAGAGGCGGAUUCAGAUGAAAAGACAUACGAGGUGACACAGGACAAGAUACGGAGGCAUGUCAGUAUCAAAGCAUGCGAACAAGCAUACAAUCUAAGCUUUGAAAACGGGCCAAUAUACGCCAAGCACUCCAGAAAUGGGGCAUAUAUGCUUCUAAGAAACAGCAAAGGAUACUUAGCAUCGUUCAACACUAAGUCUAUGAACCUGCAGUUUGAGAUUGAUGUAAACGAAAAGAUAUACGACGCUACAUACCUUCACAACGAGCAGUUUAUUGCGGUGGCCCAGAAGAAUAAUGUCUUUGUGUACGACGGCAAUGGUAUAGAGAUGCACUGCGUCAGGGAAAACAGCGGAGUAUUUAAAAUGGAGUAUUUGCCAUACCAUUAUCUUUUGGUGGCCGCGUCUGAUAAGGGCUUCCUGAGAUACCAGGACAUAUCCACUGGGAAGAUAGUUAGCCAGAUUUAUUUGAGGAAUCGAGAAGUUACCUCCAUGAAGCAAAAUCCUAUGAAUGCAAUUAUACACACUGGUAAUGUCAAAGGUGUAGUCAGUCUGUGGUCUCCAAACAGUAAGGAGUACCUGAUGAAGAUAUUAUGUCACAAAAGCACUGUUUCGAGUAUUGAGAUUGAAAGAGGCGGGAGAUACAUGAUUACUACCGGAAUGGACAACAGGGUCAACGUAUGGGACCUAAGAAAUACCUAUAAGCAUCUCAAUACUCUGAGAACAAAGCAUAUUUUAUCUGCAACGUCUUUGAGCCAGAAAAACAUGCUAGCUCUAUCCUACGGCGACAAUGUCCAUAUAUGGAAAGACUUUAUCGACUCGAAUUGUGGUGAGGCAUUAUACAUGAAGCAUAAGACAGGAAUGCCCGUGUCAAGCGUCGAUUUCUGCAAUCACGAAGAUAUAUUGUGCAUUGGACACCUGGGUGGGAUAUCAAACAUCAUCGUUCCAGGAUGUGGCGAUCCUGUGUACGAUUCCUACGAGGAUUCUCCGUUCAUGUCAAGAAAGAUGAGGAAGGAGAAGGAAGUCAGAAGCUUGCUGGAAAAGAUCCCAUAUGAGCUGAUAUCCAUGGAGUCUAGGGUUGGGUGUAUUUAUAAUGAGCCCAAAGUGGAUAGGCCUAAGCAAGAAUUUUCCAGGUACUUUGAAGGAGGACCGUCCAUUAAAGGUGCUUUGAGCAGAUUCUACACCAAACAGCGGUAUAAUUGA